GCGCUGACAGGCUAGCAGAUGCUAUUUUAAACUCCUCUUCCUCCAUAAGUAGUGGAUUAACAGUCCGUAGCUAAAGGCGUUUGCGCAGUUAACAAUCUUGGCGGAUGUUUUAGAAAUAAGUAAUUGACGAAUCUGAUUCAAAGAUAUGAGCGAAAAGCUGUUCGUUGGUGGUAAAUGAGCUAAAUCUGCUGCUAUUCUACUGUUGUUGAGAAUGAUUCUUCUUGGAGAGUAUGAACAACUGACUGUGAUGAUUUGGAAUUUCCCUAAAAGAAAACAGGAGAUGAAAGAAAUAUCAGCUAAAUGCCAAAUGCAUCAGGAGUGGACGUGGCCCUAACCCUAUGGCCUCUUCUAAUUUGGGUCAUGGAAUGUGUAACUACCACUGCAGCUGUAUCCUGUUCACAGAUGAGUGUGUUUUUGGAGGAUGGAUCAUAACAACCCAGAGAAGCUCAAGGAUCCUGGAGCAGAGUUUGGUCUGAUAGCAGACAGUGAGAAUCUCAAAUCGGUCUCUUCAGAAAAAGAACAGAGAGGAUCCAGUUUUUGCACAGUGACUGAGGAUCCAGCCAGUAAUGGUUCGUGGUCACAGAGAUCCAUCUCCCGAUCCUUGCAGCGAGCUGAAACUUUACUCAGGAGCACCUUCAACCCCAGUCUUAAGUGGCUGUUCCACAGCCGCAGUCUGGAAGAUUGUGAGGACCAACAGGAGGAAGGGAAUUUUGUAGCUGCAUGUAAUCUGGUGUCACGAUCUUCUGCUCCUCUUCUUCGGCUGCAGCAAGUUGUUGUGAAUGUAGCACCACAGUGGCACCUGCUCAACAGGACUUGCACUGGGGCUCCUCAGGUCUGUGUUAGAAGUGUUGCAGCUGAGGAUGCUUUUGUUCCUCUGCCUUCCUUCUGCGCCAUACAGGGACACUACAGAGCUUUGUGGAGACUCCUGGAAAAGCGAUCCUUGCUGCUGUUCAUACAUGAGUACACCCGGAGAGCUCAUCUAACAGAAACAUUCAUAUUGAGACUGACACAGUUGCUGGAGGAUCAGAUGAGGAACUCACAGACCCUUUCCAGCUGGGUUUCAUUCACAGUUGACCUUGGUUCACUGUGUCAAGAACUCCGGGUCCAUCUCAACCACUGGUCUUGUCUGUCAUCUAAAAUCCAUUCCGACUGCUUUCUGAAACUGGCUCUAGCUCAGCAGACAAAUGUACUGGUAGACAUCAGACAGACUCUAGAUUUAUUCAGUCUGCAAGCCCUGGUUUUGAUGGAGCAUUAUGUGUAUACUAUUUUGUAUGCUGUAACCCAAACUGAAUUAGAUUGUGUGCCAAGAGAAGUCCUGCAGAAUAUUUUAGUUGGUACUGAAUUGUAUAACUUGGCAGUGGAAGAACAGAGACUGCAGCACAGCACUACCCAGCUGAGGACUAUGGUAUUACAGCAGACACAUGCACUAGAAUCUAAUCUGAAGAACAGAGGGCGCCAUCCAGCUGCCUUCUCUAUCAAAGAAUUGAUGAAGAUUUUAGCAGUGCAUCAUGCAGAAAGAGCAGCCAAGCAGCUGCACAGUUGGAACUCUGAACAGACUCACUACAUGUGUCAAGUUCACAUCUGGAAUGAGGCCCUUGCACAUUCUAGUAAACUCAUGAGUCAGGUUGAUACAGUAGACCAGGGAGCAUCUACUCUUAGAACUGGUAAAGCCCAUUGGACCUGGGAUAAGCUGCUCCAGACCUUCCUUGUUACAUCUCCUCCAUCCCCCGUAAAUCAUCAACUCCCCACACAGGAAUCUUCUCAGUGCCCUCACCAAGAAACACUUUUGAAAAAACACCAUUCUCUACCAGCUGAGCCGAUUUCUGUCAAAACCAGGAAUAGUUGCCUCAAAUGCCAAAGUUAUGGAGCCCUGUCUGGCCAAUCCCAGGCCAGUAUUAAAGCUUUUGAUUCAGUCCAACCCAAACUAGAAAGCCAGAUAAGUCUUGAAAGUUUUAAACUAACACAGACUCUUUGUCCGUCUAAGGCCACAUCUCACCCUGUGUCAGUUUUUCCACUACCAGGGUUAUGUCAGGGCCAGUCCUCAGUAGAGCAGCUUUUUCAACUUGUUUGGUCCAAUGAUCUGUUUGCUCCACUGGUAUGUCAUCUACCCAUACCUGAAAAACAACUAUAUGUAACAACAACAGAAAUUUUACUGCCAAGUGAAUCAGCUGAUCAGAUAAUUUCAACUGCUGCAAUAACAAAUCCUACUGUAUCAGAGGAAAUGAUGAAUAUACUAAGACCAGACAACCAUCAUGCUGAGAAGACACAUCAAGGAUUGGCUGAACUGGAAAAAAGAGCAGAAGCCUCUGCCAGUUCCGGCUCAGGGAAGUAUAAAGCCCCUGAGACAGAGGCCACGGUGGACAUGGAGGGAGCAGGAGUGGGGAUGACGGAUCACCAACCACAAUCUGUGCAGUGGUUUGACCUCGCUCAGCCCGUGGUGUUUGCUGAUCUGUUUGGACAAUACCGCAGCCUGUUGUGGACAUUCUGCAGUAAAGCCCUAUGGUUGCAGGUCCAUGUGCCACAGGGUGGAGUAUCAAGCAUAAACCUGCAAGAUAGCUGCAGAAGGUUCCGGAGCCUUCAGAGGAUCAGCCAUGUCUCAAAUACAGAUGUGGUUCCAGAAGAGUGCAUGACUAUGCUUAAAGGCUUUAGUUUGUAUAUGUUAACCAGCAUCGCACAUGCGGAGUGGGACCAUGUGAUGUGCAGAAGUUUGGGUUCAAGUCUGAAAGACAAGUGUUUCACUGAUGUUAAGCGAAGCAGCACUUCUGCAGCAUCAUCACCUACACAAGAUGGUGUGAUUACGUCAGUGACCAUGGAAAACCUCUUGCAGUCUUUGGCUCCUGUUCUGUCUGUGUUCUGCCAUCACUCCUCAGACAGCAGCACUUCAGCAGGACCUUUUAGUGAUUUUCCCCCUAGGCGUGUGUUCCACAGACGGACUGUUAGCCUGGCAUUAGCCACCGUGCAUCUGUCUACAGUCUGGGUGAUGUCUAAGGCAUACCAGUUCCUCUCCUCAUGGAGUCUCGACAGGUUCCUGCUUAUAACACAAGGAGACCUCAAGGCACUAAAGGCAUCACUUCUGAUGACUGUGCAGCAGACAGAGUCCCUGGUGAUGAACUCCAACAGUGACUGGGAUCAUCUUAGUCUUCAUAACCACAGUCAGCUUCUGCUUCAGCAGCAACUCCAAGCACUUGACAGGACUGUGUGUGAGCUGCAGACCUUGUCCUCUACGGUGCUAAAGACCUUCUCCAGUGACUGCAAGAGAAUGUCAGGAGAAAUCUUUGAGCAGACCAUGCCUUCAGCUGUUCACUGGAGACCCAGUCACAGGACAGGUAUUCCCAUCAGACAGAAACCCAGCGAGUAUGCAUCUGCUGCAGCUCAGGCUGUGAUUGGUCAGGUUUUAGAAGGCGUAGCUCCAUUGUCCGAUGAUGCCCGUGUCCAGGCACUGAGUAUCACUAUGACAGCUUUCAUGGAGGCAUGGAUGGAACACAUCCUCAAACAAAAGAUCAAAUUUAGUGUGCAGGGUGCUCUCCAGUUGAAGCAGGACUUCGAUUCCAUCAGAGAAAUGAUCCAGUCAGAUCGAUAUGGGCUAUCAGCUGAGCUUCUCCAACGCCUGCUCAGCCUCAGAGUUUUUCAGCAGGUGGACUAUGCACUAGUGUGUCUGCUCCAGCAGCCACAGUCCAAACCCUACCUUCUGUCCAGAGCCUGGGAGCCUUUCACUCACUGCUGUCCCACUACCAGACAGCGGGAUGUGAGUGAUGCUGCUGCUGGGAGCAGUGUAAUCAACUUCAGGAGUAUGGAUGAAGAUAUGGCUCAGUCUGAGCCCUCACUCUUAACUACACAUGUUCCUCAAGUGGAUCCAUCUCUCUCUGGAGAGCCCUACCUGGUUCCAAGAGCAUGCAUUUCAAUUACUAAAUGUCCUCUUUCUACCACUGUCUAUCCAGGUAAUCAACAUUAUUACCACCUCAUUUGUCAGUGGUCAUAAUGCUAAGGCUGAUUGGUGUAUGUAGUCAUAUUCAUCACCUUCAAACAUUAUCAUAUUACAGUAUACACUGCCUGGCCAAAAAAAGUCUCCACCUGGAUUUAACUAGUUCUAGUUAGUAGUUCAGAUCCUUCCAUUUGAUUAUUACUGCAGUGAUUCACAUGUUUUAGCUGCAACAAUUCCUUGAACCCAAAGUGAUGUGGUGAGUAACUUCUCACCUCUUCAUCAAAGUUUCACAGAAAAUAUAAAGAUUGGACAAUGACAGGAAAGGGUGGUUUCACACAUGGACUUGCCACUAGAGUCCAGACCUGGACCUGGGUGUGAUCAUCAAUGCAAGAUCUGGGACAAAAAUGAAUACAACUAUGGACAGAAGUAACUGAUGUGGCAUUCCAUAAGUGCUGUGUGGCAUAAACAAUGACAUGUGUGGCCAGGCUAUGUAUUAUGACAAGGCCUAUUUCACAUCUCACAUCCUGCAUAAAUGCUUUUCAAAAUGUUUGCAAGUAGCAUCAACAACUUCUUAUACUGUAGAUCUAAUUCUCUUUCUUUUUGAAAUAGCCAACAAAGGUUUGCAACAUAAUUUUGACCUGUGAGCCAGCACUAACACAUAGAUAGGAACACCCACUCAGGGGCAAGGGGGCUUUUGUCCACUGCCUGCUAAUUAUUUUACCAACUUUAUGUAGCUAAAAUCCUACAUUGUUUUUGUUCAGUUGGAUGCAGACCCGACUGGAGACAAGUUUGAGUUAUAUUUCUAUAGAAUCCUCCCUGGGAAAGAAAAGUCAUACACAUGAAAAUACAAGUAUCCUAAUGCUGUCAAUGAAAUUAACACCAGUCCUUCAUCCACAGCGCUCAUUUAAACUGUGCAAACUGUUGUCCUGACACUGGAAACAUGUAAAGAUUACAACAUAGACCAUUAACCUAUCCAGAAUAAAUGGCUGACGACCACUACUGUAGCAGCUGACUUUAUAAAGACAUUGUUAAAAGGAAGAGUAUGGAGCUAGCUAUUGUUCAC